UCCGUGGACGCGCACGUACGGAGCUGUCAGUCGGAAAUGCGGGCGGCUGGCAGAGGAUGUACCCGUGGUGCCUAACUUGGAUGAAUCAAACAAAAGAAGUCGUUUAUUUCGCUUUGUAUGGCUGUGGGAAUAAAAACAACCCAUGAGCACGUUGCACUUGGGAAAGGGUCGACGAGGUAACGCGGGCUAGCUAACGCAGACGGACGGCUGCUGCCGCUAGGAGAAGCUAAUAACUAGCUGCUACGCUAGCUGGCGAACGCAACACCACCCGCUACCACCAUCACCACCCGUAGCCGUAGCCGCAGCCGCAGCCGCCGAGCGUCCUCAUCAUCGCCAUCUCUCCGGCGUGUCGCCUCCCCGCAGUUUUCCUUUCCUCUCCGCCGAGGAGCCUGGCGGAGGAGCCAUCGCUGUGGCGGGCCAACGCGCGCCCAGGAACCCUCUGGACACCCGGGCGUACUCAUCGCAGUGACAACGCCGGGCGUGGGAGAGCCCUCGUCGCAACAUGGCCGAACUUUCCGCCUUAUCGUCGCCGCCGCCGCCCACCUCGGUUGACGGCCACGCUCCUUCUGCCUCAUCGGUGGCAUCCAAAUCUCUCUGCAAUGACGUGAAUUUAAUUCGAAACACUCCCGCUGUGCCGUUGACACCACCGCUGCAGGGUUUGUCGUCUGCCGACAGCCCCCAGAAAGAGGAAGUGGCAGGGCCCGAUGCUCCCGUUGAAGCAGAUGUGCCGCAACAGGCAUCCCUUUCCCCUGACCUCACUCCGGGUCCUAACCUUUACCCCAGCGUGCACAUCACCCACAACCCUCCUCCCCCUGCUACAAAUGAUGUCCCUGUGGUGCCUCCAGUCGCGGCUCCCACGGUUGCGGCUCCCCCGGUCGCAGGACCCCUAGUCGCGGCCACCGAAGUCGUGGCACCCCCAGUCGCUGCACCCCCAGUUGUGGCUCCCCCAGUUGUGGCUCCCCCAGUUGUGGCUCCCCCAGUUGUGGCUCCCCCAGUCGCGGCACCCCCAGUCGCGGCACCCCCAGUCUUGGCACCCCCAGUCUUGGCACCCCCAGUCGCGGCACCCCCAGUCGCGGCACCCCCAGUCGCGGCACCCCCAGUCGCGGCACCCCCAGUCUCGGCACCCCCAGUCGCGGCCACCGAAGUCGCGGCACCCGCAGUCACUCCACCAGUGGCGCAGAAACCACAGCAAGCCCCCAAGAGUCCUCCCCCACCUGUGUACCCAAAGCCUCAAAGUCCCAUCAAAGCACAGCCGCCCUGUAGCCCGCCUCCACGGGCGGGGCACCCCAGUCCCCCGGUACCUCACCCCGGUCCCACAGUGCCGCUCAUUCAAGAACCUGCCCCACCCUGCACCCCGCCACCAAGGGCGGGGCACUCCAGCCCCACAUUGCCGCUCAUCCAAGAGCCCAGCUUUCCGGGCCCACCGGGCGGGCGGCGGCCGGCCCCCGACACCCUCAGCUACCUGGAGUCCGCUAGCCUGAUGUCAGGGACGCUGGAGUCGCUGUCGGGCAUCGGGGACGACGGCAGUUCGCUGGGCUCCGACUCGGAGAUCAACGGCUUGGCGGUGAGGCGCACCGACAAGUACGGCUUCCUGGGCGGCAACCAGUUCAGCGAGGGGAGCGACAAGGACGUGCGAGUGGAGGUGGCCCGACAGAGGGAGAUGAAAUGGCUGGACAUGUUCAACAACUGGGACAAGUGGGUCAAGCAUCGCUUCCAGAAGAUAAAGAUGCGCUGCCGCAAAGGGAUCCCGUCAUCUCUCCGCUCCAAAGCCUGGCAGCUGCUGUCCAACAGCCAGGAGCUGCUGGAUGCCAACCCUGGCAAGUUUGAGGAGCUGGAGCGAGAGCCGGGAGAGGCCAAGUGGUUGGACAUCAUCGAGAAAGAUCUUCACAGGCAGUUUCCCUUCCACGAGAUGUUUGCUGCGCGCGGAGGCCACGGGCAACAAGAUCUCUACCGCAUUUUGAAGGCCUACACCGUCUACCGACCUGACGAGGGCUACUGCCAGGCGCAGGCUCCCGUGGCUGCCGUGCUCCUCAUGCACAUGCCCGCCGAGCAAGCCUUCUGGUGCCUGGUGCAGAUCUGCGAGAAGUUUCUCCCGGGCUACUACAGUGCCGGGCUGGAAGCCAUCCAGCUGGACGGCGAGAUCUUUUUCUCGCUGCUGCGCCGCACGUGUCCCAUGGCUUACAGACACCUGAAGAAGUUCAAGAUCGACCCCAUCCUCUACAUGACCGAGUGGUUCAUGUGCAUCUUCUCGCGCACGCUGCCUUGGGCCUGCGUGCUGCGCGUAUGGGACAUGUUCUUCUGCGAAGGUGUGAAAAUAAUUUUCCGCGUGGGCCUGGUGCUGCUCAAGCAGAUGUUGGGCUCGGUGGACAAACUGCGGGAGGUGCAGGGCAUGUACGAAACCAUGGAGCGGCUCAGGGGCAUCUCGCCAGACACCAUCGGGGAGGAUAGCCUGGUGCAGGAGGUGAUCCUUCUCCAGGUGACGGAGGCGCUGAUUGAGCGCGAGUGCACCGUUCAGGUGAGGAAAUGGCGCGAGUCCCGAGGGGAGCUGACUCACCAGCCUGGCCGCCGCCUGCACGGCACCCGAGCCAUCUUUGAACACAAGCGUCGCGCCGCCGCCAUCAGCUCAGGGGGCAGCUUUUCCUUUCUGGGCAGCAGCGUCCCGCCGCCGCCGGGCCCCCUGCGGGCGUCGUCCUCCCUGCUCUCGCUCCCGGGCUUCCGCAAGUCCAGAAACCCAUUCCACUCGCCCGGCAAGAAGAGCUCCUUUUCGGGGCCCUCCUUUUCUGACGGCACACGGCCGCAAUCUCCCCCGGCCGCCGGCAGUCAGAAGCCGCCCAUUCCUCCGCAAAGGGCGCCGCAAGUCCAGAGCCCCCUCGUGGGGACUGGUCCACAAAGCGGUCAAAGCGCACCGACGCCCAACGCUUUAGCUCCCUCCCCGAGGGUGGUCUCGGAGCAGAUUACACCCACCAUCCCCUCACCCACCGCCAACAACACGCCCCUGAUGCCGGGCGCCGACGACGCCGGCAACAAGGGGGCGGCCGAGGCCACCCCGCCGGCCCGAGUGGAGGAGGACGGCCGCAAGAAGAAGAAGAGCAAGGAAGACAAAAAGAAGGAGCGCGAGGAUGAGAAGAAGCGGCUGAAGGAAAAGAAGGACAAGGACAAGGCCGAGAAGGAGAGACUCAAGAAGGACAAGGAGCGUCUGGAGAAAGAGAAGAAAAAGGUGGGAAAAAAGAAGGACAAAGGUGCGGCGGGACCGGGGCCGGAGCAUGGCAAAAACGGGGCGGCCGCCGCCGCAGCCAAAGAUUCCCCCUCGUCGGAGCAUGAAAAGAAAAAGGAGGCUGAGUAAGCAAUUGGGUUUUCUUUGGAGACGGUUAGCCUCAUAGCACAAUUGUCAAAGUCGUUUUUGAAGGAAAACAGCAAAAAUAACAACUUUAGUCCAUUUGCUUCCAUUCAUCCUUUCACCUGGAUGACUGAGAAAUUUGCAAGCAGUUUAACAUUUUUGUUACUCUUGUGACAAUUAUGCUAAGAAGCUAAAAGACUUCCUGGAUGGGGCGGCAUCCAUCCAUCCAUCCAUCCAUCCAUCCAUCUGUCAAACAAGCGAGGAUGCCAUCUCUCGCUCGCUCCCCUUUUAUCAUAAUAACUUGAUUCUUUUAACAAUGACAAACCACAGAAGAUGUACAUAGUACUAAUUGGAAUCAAAGCAGCGCCUCCAAAGACGUUCAGUUGGAUGAUGAGGAUCACAUCCAGUCUCCGGAAAAAAACGACCACCAAGCUAUUUCUUGGCUGUUGUAUUGCGAGCGUGCCUUAGUAGCGUUGCGUUACUGCGGUAUGCGGGCCUCCUCCCCCUGCUGGCGAUGGAGAGUAUUGGAACCCUGUAGUGGUGCUUUUUGUGUGUUUUUAACGUAAUCAAACGAGUGGGACUUUUUCAAAAUACAAUCUAAUAGUUUGUAGUUUAGGCCUCAGUGCUUACACCUGAAAGAAGUAUUUCAUUGGUAAACAGCAGUGUUGGACGUGCACCUUGGAGGAUUAGGGACACGUGGCAUAGAAAAAUAUGGUGCCAUGAGAAUAGUCAAAAGUGUCAUUCUUUGAGAUUAGGAAUACAAAUGUAUCCUCGUUAUGCAUUGUGCAGUAUGAUCGCAAUGUUUUUCUUUACAAUUUACAACUCCAAAAUGACUUUUUUCUCCCGUUGGCUUCUGUUUUUUGCCGAUCAAAAAUGAAGGACUUUAUUCGAGUAAAAAUCUGACUUUUGCCUAGGUUUUCCCUCAAAUGGAUGUCUUGUAAAAAUAUGCUUUCUUUUCUUUGAAGACAGAAAAGACUUGUCGUAGUAUAUCUAUUUUUUUCUUGUGAAUGUGUCCUUGAUCCUCCUUUGUAGAAAAUUAGACCAAUGAGUGUUACUUAAAAACUAAUAGGCAUUUCAUUUAUCCAAGUGUCAGAAUGUGAUCGGAAGACAAUGAAGGAUAAUCUUUGCACUUGUCGUAGUUUGGAAAAAUAUUUCCUGUCAAGGUUGUUUCUGGGCAGGUUUCCCCACAUUUCCUUUUUUUUUUUUUUUUUUUUUACUUGAGCGUGAGGUGGCCGUUGUGCCCACGUAGCAUUAACCUCUCACCUUUUGAUGUAUUUAUGUAUAAAGUGGUUAAUUUAAUCAAAUAUAGUAUAUAAUGAUUAUUAAUAUUAAUGUUAUUAUUUUUCUAAGAGAGUUGUCGGACGCCUGGUUGACUGGAAGGUUGUUGCACGUCAUCAUUUAUCCGUGUGUCAAGUUGUGGAACGUUUUGGGAGCGGAAGCUCUUUACUUCCUGCUUCUCGUGAUGUAUCUGUGGAAUCUUAACUCGUUGCCAUGACAACGGCCCAUCAGUGCAGGCAGGACGAGCAACACUGACUCCCUUUUCGUCCUCGUCCUCUUGUUGUAAUUGUUCUUGUUGUCGUGAAGGAUUUUUGUGUACCUAACGUGUCCUCCCUCCCUCCCCUGCCAACACACUCCUAAUCCCAUGCGCACACACGUAGCGUUGACCCUGAACGCUUCUAUGCAAACUAUAACUGGACGCCAAUUUCGCAAUAUGUCACCAUGGUUACCAGGUGCGGACUUGAAAAGAAGUGUAUUUCCGUUGGGUCCUUUAUGCAUUUCUGAUCUGGAAAACGAGUUCCACACAGGAAAAUAUUUACAAAGGCUGUUGGUCUUCUUUUUUUUUUUUUUUUUUUUUAAUGUGUGUUUUUGAGUUUACAAAUCACUCUCUCACUCUGGUGAAAGUGAAUUAAUUGACGAUGUUCUAGCUAAUUGAAUUCAUUCCCUCACAUUGACGUGAUGUAUUUAAUUGAUGAAAAUGAUGACAUUUGUGAUGAGUAAUAAACCAUAAUAUGUA